AUGAACCCUGCACCUCAACCUGUGCUGUCUCUGCGGCGUUGGCUGAACCGAGCAGGCAGGGAGGUGGACCGGUUGGAGAGUCUGUUUCUGUUCGCGCAGGUGGUGGACAUGGUGGCUGCCGCCCACACUCAGGGCCACGUGGUAAGCCACGUGCGCCCGGCGUGCUUUGUCCUGUCUGCGCACCGACGGGUGGUGUAUCAUCCGCCGUUCCUGCGGGCGCGAGCGGGGGAGUCGGGGGAGGGGGAGGCGGGGGAGGCGGGGGAAGGUGAAGGGGAGAUGGGGGAAAGAGGGGGCGGAGGGCAGGUGCGGUUGCAACGGGAGGAGCAGCAGCAGCAGCAGGAGGAGGGGUGGCGGCAACAAGAGGAGGGGGGUGCGGGCGGAGGGGCAGCAGAAGGGACAGCGACUUGGAGGGAGCAGCAGGCGGAGGCAUGGCAGCGGGCGAUGCUGCAGGAGCAGGAUGAGGAGGGGAUGGUGGCGCAGGGGCAGGGGCAAGUGGGGCAGGGUCGUCUGGCGCAGGGGCAAGAGGGAGGGAGGGCACAGCGCACAGCAGCAGGGCGCGGCAUGGCAGGACAACAGCGCCUAAACCCCAGUGCUAGAGGGGCGGAGGCAGGAGAACAAGGGGGAGGGGACAUGCAGUGGGGAGGCGGAGGGGGAGGCGGAGGGGGAGGGGCAGGGGGAGAGGGGGGGAGGGCGGAGGAGGAGGAGGCGCGGUGGUACACGUCACCGGAGGAGGCGAGGGGCGACCCUGUGGGGGCGGCGUCUGACGUGUUCAAGCUGGGCGUGCUCUUCUUUGAGGUGAGCCUUCUUCUGAGUGAGGUGCGCAGCAGCCAGCUUUUGGCUGAUAUCGCCAGCAUGUUCGCGCACAGGGGGCAGCAGGCGGGGCUAGAGGCACAGGAGGGGGAGUGUGACGUGCUGCUCACCUUCCUCUCGCGCAUUCAUUCUCAAGCACUGUCUUGUUCCGUCUUCCACACCUGCUCUUCCCACCUGUUCCCCCUCCUCACCCCUGCAGGGAGGGAGGUGCGCAGCAGCCAGCUUUUGGCUGAUGUCGCCAGCAUGUUCGCACACAGAGGGCAACAAGCGGGGUUGGAGGCACAGGAGGCGGAGUGCGAUGUGCUGCUCGCCUUCCUGGUCACUCUCUCUCAACACUGUCUUGUACCGGCUGCCCCACCUGUUGUUUUCCCCCUCAACCCCUGCAGAGAAGUACGCAGCAGCCAGUUAUUGGCAGACGUGGCGAGCAUGUUCGCACACAGGGGCCAGCAAGCAGGGUUGGAAGCACAGGAGGCGGAGUGCGAUGUGCUGCUCGCCUUCCUGGUCACUCUCUCUCAACACUGUCUUGUACCGGCUGCCCCACCUGUUGUUUUCCCCCUCAACCCCUGCAGAGAAGUACGCAGCAGCCAGUUAUUGGCAGACGUGGCGAGCAUGUUCGCACACAGGGGCCAGCAAGCAGGGUUGGAAGCACAGGAGGCGGAGUGCGAUGUGCUGCUCGCCUUCCUGGUCACUCUCUCUCAACACUGUCUUGUACCGGCUGCCCCACCUGUUGUUUUCCCCCUCAACCCCUGCAGAGAAGUACGCAGCAGCCAGUUAUUGGCAGAAGUGGCGAGCAUGUUCGCACACAGGGGCCAGCAAGCAGGGUUGGAAGCACAGGAGGCGGAGUGCGAUGUGCUGCUCGCCUUCCUGGUCACUCUCUCUCAACACUGUCUUGUACCGGCUGCCCCACCUGUUGUUUUCCCCCUCAACCCCUGCAGAGAAGUACGCAGCAGCCAGUUAUUGGCAGAAGUGGCGAGCAUGUUCGCACACAGGGGCCAGCAAGCAGGGUUGGAAGCACAGGAGGCGGAGUGUGAUGUGCUGCUCGCCUUCCUCUCUAUUCAUUCUAAAUGCCAGGGGCAGCAGGCGGGGUUAGAGGCACAGGAGGCGGAGUGCGACGUGCUGCUGGCCUUCCUCUCGCGCAUCCACCUCGCCAAGCAGUCUGCCGCCCAGAAACUCGCCCUGGAUCUCGGGCGGCUCACAGGGGACAUCCACGAGUUCGCCCGCUACUCGCGCUUUGAAGUGCGCGCAACCCUCCGCCACGCGCACCUGCUGAGCGCGGCGUCCAUGGUGUGCUCGCUCGCCUUCGACCGCGACGCGCAGUUCUUCGCCACGGGUGGCGUGUGCCGGCGCAUUCGGAUCUUUGAGUGCGAGAGCGUGCUGGCCGGGCGGCGAGUGGACGUGCAUUACCCCGUGGUGGAGAUGGGGUGCCGGGCCAAGCUGUCGUGUGUGAGCUGGAAUGGGUAUAUCAAGAACCGGCUUGCUUCCGCGGAUUACGACGGGGUUGUGCAGCUGUGGGAUGCGGGCACGGGAGCAGCGGUGAUGGAGUGGGGGGAGCACGAGAAGCGCGCGUGGAGUGUGGACUUCUCCCCCUGCGACCCCACUCGCCUCGCCAGCGGCAGCGACGACGGCACUGUGAAGCUGUGGAGCAUCAAUCAGGACACGAGCGUCGGCACGAUUCACACCAAGGCCAACGUGUGCUCUGUGGCCUUCCCCCCGCACUCAUCGCACCUCCUCGCCCUCGGCUCAGCCGACUACUCGCUGCACUGCUUCGACCUGCGCUCCCUCCGCGCCCCUCUCGCCACGCUCACGGGCCACAGCAAGGCUGUGAGCUACGUGAAAUUCGUCGACGCUUCCACCAUCGUGUCUGCCUCAACAGACAACACUCUCAAGCUGUGGGACCUCAACCACGCGUGCAGUCAGCAGGCGGGCGGUGGGGUGGAUGGGGCCUCUGCUUGCACCAGGACGUUCACAGGCCACACCAAUGAGAAGAACUUUGUGGGGCUCACGGUUGCUGACGGUUACAUCGCAUGCGGCUCGGAAACCAACGAG